AUGGUUGAAUCCGAUCGUUAUAAUGAUAUAGAUGUAAUUAAAAAAGAACUUAAGCAGUUAAAAAUUCAAAUUCAUGAAAGAAAAACUGGUUUAACGAAUAUCAGUUCAGAACGUACAUAUUUAGGGAAUAUACGAUUAAGUAAUGAUGGUGUCAAAAUUUUGGAAUUACAGAAUUUACCCAUUUUUGAAAAGUAUACAUUAACACAAUCAACUAUUGAUUUUUUGAAAAAACCAACAUUUGAUAUUUGGCAUUGGGAACCGAAUGAAAUGUUAGCUCUACUGGAACACAUGUAUAACGAAUUAGGUGUAGUAUCAGAAUUCAAUAUUAAUCCAUUAACAUUGAAACGUUGGUUGUUAUCUAUACAAGCAAAUUAUCGUAAUAAUCCAUUUCAUAAUUUUCGACAUUGUUUUUGUGUUGCACAAAUGAUGUAUGGAAUAUUAUAUCUAUGUGGAUUGAAUAAUGAUUUUUCACGUGAAGAAUUAGGCAUCUUAUUGACUGCCGCCGUAUGUCAUGAUUUAGAUCAUCCAGGAUAUAGUAACUCUUAUCAAAUAAAUGCAAGAACUGAAUUGGCCAUACGAUAUAAUGAUAUAUCACCAUUGGAAAAUCAUCAUUGUGCUGUUGCAUUCAGUAUACUAAAUCAUCCUGAAUUAAACAUUUUUGCAAAUGUUAAUCAAGAAGUAUUCCGUCGCAUAAGACAGGGUAUGACAAGUUUAAUUCUAUCUACUGAUAUGGCAAGACAUGGUGAAAUAUUAGAAACAAUGAGAAGACAUUUAGAAGAAGGUUUUUCAAUGAAUAAAAAAGAACAUCGUGAAACUUUUAAAAUGGUUCUUAUUAAAUGUUGUGAUAUAUCAAAUGAAGUAAGACCAUUAUCAGUUAGUGAACCAUGGGUUGAUUGUUUAUUAGAAGAAUAUUUUAAUCAGUCUGAUCGAGAGAAAUUAGAAGGUUUACCAGUAGCACCAUUUAUGGAUCGUGAAAAAGUCACUAAACCAACAGCACAAAUUGGUUUCAUCAAAUUUGUUCUUAUUCCAAUGUUUCAAACAGUGGCAAGUGUUUAUCCAAUUAUUGAUGAACUUAUGGUGACACAAUUGAAAUCAGCAUUAGAACGUUAUGAAAAGAUGUUAGCUGAAGAAGAAGAAACAAAACGUAAUUUACAAAUGAAUGAAGCAGAUUAA